CGUUAUUAGUUCUCUCUCUCUCUGUUCGUUCGCCACUUUGAAACACUAACUCAUGAGUUCAGAGAGAGAAAGCUGCAACUCUCGCCACUUCACAUGGCUCAUGAAGUCUUGCUUCCCCAAUCCACAUGACACUGACUUUUCCAUCACAAAACCGCAUCACCACCCUACUUACCCUACGCUCGCAAACACCAUAUCCUCCCUCCCCGACGACAUCGUUUUGGACUGCCUCUCCCGCGUCCCGUCCUCUUCCCUCCCAUCUCUCUCCCUCGUCUGUCGCCGCUGGUCCCGCCUCCUCCUCUCCCCGGACUUCUCCCACCUCCGCCGUCGCCUCCACCUCCUCCGCCACACCGCCGUCUCCAUCGCCGCCACCGAUUUCGGCCUUUCGGCCGCCACCCUCCUCGACGGAGCCUGGAACAACUCCCUCUUCCUCCCUUGCUACGACGCGGUUUCCCUCGACAACUUCCAUUCCCUCUUGACCCAAGCGCGAGUGGCUUCGAUUGGUCCAAGGAUUUACGUCGUAGGAAGAAACGCUACAUUGCGGUACGACACAUGGACUGCCACCGUGACCCCGCGCUCCGCCAUGAUUUUCCAGCGCAAAAAAUUCGCUUUGGCAGCCGUCGCCGGAAAACUCUACGUCGCCGGCGGUAGUUCGAGAACAGCCACGGUUGAGGAGUACGACCCUAUGACGGACACUUGGUGCGUGGUGGCUCACGCGCCAAGGAGAAGGUAUGGCUGUGUUGGGGCAUCCGUGGAUGGCGUGUUUUAUGUAAUUGGCGGGUUGAGAAUAGGCGCGUCUGGAGAGAACGAUUUCUCACGCGCCGCGGGAGGAGCAGAGGCUCAUGCAGCUUAUGCAAGUUCAAUGGAUUUGUUUGACGUGGAGGCGCGCGUGUGGCUCAGGAGCCGGGCCGUACCUGGGGGAGGCUGUGUGGUGGCGGCUUGUGCAGCUGCCGGGCGCGUCUACGCGCUGACCAGCCACGCGGUGGAACUCAGCUUUUGGAGUUUUGAUGCACAUAAGAAAUGUGGUGGCCGUGGCGGAGGAGCAUUUGGGGAGUGGUGCAGGAUAAAGAGCCCACCGUUGCCUGCGCAGGUUAGAGUGGACACGAGAAUGAGAUUCAGCUGCGUUGGAAUGGGAGACAAGGUGGCGCUGAUCCAAGUUGCGGGGUGUGUGAAUGAAGUGAGGGGCUCGAGAGAAGGGUGUGUUUUGGUGUACGAUUGCAUCGCCGGAGAGUGGGGCAAAGGGGCCGAUUUGCCGGAGGUUUUUCGACGCGCCGCCUAUGUGGGUGUGGAAUGCUAAGUUGCGCCGGCCAAAGUGGUAUCAUUGUCUGGACUAAUGUGGGGUAGCAGCAGACCAGCAGACAAAGUUGCGUGAGAGUUCAUGAUUGUGGUCCCAUGCAAGAGUUUUGUUUAAUAUUUUGGUAAUGACCAAUGUGCAACUGCUUGUGAUUGGCCUAUUUUGGCUCGUUCACUGUAAUGUAGUCAGAUUUAAUUCUUUUAAAUUAAAGAAUGAUUAACAUUUAUUAUUGACGAA